AUGUCGACCAGGGCCCCAGUCACAACACCUCCGAUCGUCACCCCAGGCCCGCCUCUGGUGCGCAUCCCCUCCACCGACUCUGGCACAUUCCACACCCCAGAAGAGACCUCACCCCUAGAUGCCGAUUUGUCCAGCUUUAACUUCUUCAUGGCUGAGGACGCGCGGGGGGUAGACCCCCCGAAUAAUGUGGACGACUCAACAGCUCAAAGCGGAGACUACGACGCGCAAACAACAAUUCAUACCAGCACCGAAGAGGAUAUCCACGCGCACGACCUUGACCACACGAUAGGGACCGCAGUAUCAGAUCUAGCAGUCGAAGAUACCAGCGUCUUACCACCCCUGACCGACCGCGACGAUAGCAGCUUGUUCCCCUUGUCAAGCGAAAAUGGCGAUCACGAACGAGGAAACAACCAGACCCUCAUUGAAGAGCAUGAGAUGCGUCGCAAGUUGAUGGAUGUGGAGUCGAGCUUUUUACCGGAACCCUCAACGAUUGAUAUUGCCGGGACUGGGACCAGGGCUGGCGCAGAUGAUACCUAUCUGGUUGGAGUGGAUGGCUACGAUCCCGAUAUGACCCAGCAGACUGAAUCCUCGCAAUUUUCUUUCAUUCCACCUUCCGAGACAAUUCCUGAUCAUGGACAAUACCAAGACUACGAUGAGACUCAUAUUAUCGAGGGAGAGCCUACCCAUGCGACUCGGGAAGAGCAUGGUGGAAAUGAGAGCACACUAGACUCACUUGCCUCAUCGCCUACAGCUGCCGCAAUGCUACGAAGUCUGAACCGCCAUCACUCUAGCGCGUCCGAGGAUGCCCAAGAUGUCAGCCAAUACUUGCACGACGACCAACCCUUCCGGUCUCAACUCGAUCAAGAAGAAUCACAACUCACACCCUCGAAGCUUCGAAAAUCGUCCCGCAGCCUCUCUCCGGCCCCAUCGAAACUGCUCGGUGAUCAGAGCUUCAGUGCUGGUGGUAGCCGCCGCAGUGGAAGCCGACCGAAAUACCUCACUAGCCGUCAAUCUGCCAAUCGUCUUUCCCAUUCCUCGAUCGCAAGCAACAACACGAACAACACAGAUGGAACGCAUAGUGAUGCGACGCUGGGUGCAGACUAUGCCCUUCAGUCUGGAGGCGCGGUAUCUGACAACUGGGGCGGUUUGCACUCAAGUGGACGAGGCCACAUGACUCGAACGACUAGUCUUGGAAGCAUGGCGUCUGGAGUUUCGGGCUACAGCGAGGAGAACCCUUUGGAGACACGUAAUAUUGGCGGAUCUGGCGAAGGAGGCUUGCAAACAUUAGAGGAAGAAGGCUCUCCACAGUCCUCCCGACAACAGGCUCCUUUUGAUGAUGCAUCGGCACCAGCAACACCGAAGGCCAAGCCACAAGAAAGAGCGUUCCCCACUGACACGGCGAUUGCGGAGCGUGUCAAGGGAAUUCAGGUUCCCACCACCUUUGCACAACGAUUCCGAGAAGAUUACGCCAACCUGGGACCAUCUCCUGACAAGCGUACCGGAGCUUCAACACCUGCCCUGGGACGCAGUGGGUUAGGUCGUAACAUGACCCUCAAAGAACAAAGCAGCACAAUUGACCGUCUAUCAAAGGAGAACUUCGAUCUUAAGAUGCGUAUUCACUUCCUCAACGAGGCUCUGAACAAGCGAUCUGAAGAAGGAAUCAAAGAGAUGAUAUCAGAGAAUGUCGAACUUAAGUCAGACAAGUUGAAGCUACAAAAGGAUAGCCAAGGCUUGAAGCGCAAGAUCCGGGACCUAGAGAAACAGCUCAAAGACCAACAAUCGGACAAAGAAUCGAUGUUCAAUCAUGAUCCGGAAGGGUCAGAGGAGGGCGACCGAGAAAGCGCCAAUGAGACCGAGAUCACAUAUUUGCGCGAACGGAUCGAAACCUAUGAGCUCGAGGUUGAGCGACUGAGGUCUGAAAGCAUCGCUCGAGAGAGUGAGAAGCGACGCCUGGCUGAGAUGGUCCAAUCGUUGAGCGAAAGCCGAACAGGAGGGUCUGAAACCGGUGCGAGAGAAGAGAGAGACAUGUGGAAGGAUAUGCUUGAUGCAGAGGCCGCAGCUCGUGAGCAAGCCGAGGAAGAGAAUCGCAGGCUCCGCGAUGAAUCCGUUCGCCUACGAAGUGAGCUUUACACAUCAAAUGCCGCAGCGGCUGCUGCUGCUGCUGCCACUCCUAGCGCCAGACCAACUCAACGCGACAGAGGCUCGACCAUUUCAUAUACAUCAGCCUCGGACCGAGAUGGUAACCGGGGUGCAGCCAUUAAUCCUUCUCAUAACACACUCCUAGUGGAAUUUAACCUAUUGAAGCAAGAAAAUGCCGAAUUGAGGAAAGAAGUCAGCGCCCAGACCUCAAUGCUUACAUCCCGCAACCGAGAAAAGGAACGUCUUUAUCAGGAGAUUGAAGAAUUGAAGCUUGGACAUGUUCGCCAUGGCGGCCGGUCCGUGACUGGCGAUAGUAUCUUUGACCGCUCAGUUUCUCGAACCCAACUACGACCAGGAUCUGAACCCAGCGAUGGCGGUAUAUCACGCAGUGAUAUGGACCGCGAGGAACUGGAAGCCCGCAAUGGACAACUUCGUGAUCAUGUGUCAUCCCUAAAAAUGGAGAACCAUGCUAUUCGCAGCCAGCUGGAUGACUAUGUCCGAGAACUAGAAGCUCUUGACAAAGCCUACCAGGCUGAUGUGGAUCAAGCUGAAGAGGAGAUGCAAAGCCUACACCACGAGCGUGACCAAGCUCUUCAGAUGGCCGAUGAGCGUGAUGGUGCGUUCCAAGAUCUGCGGGCUGAGGCCCAGGAAGAAUUGGAUGCCCUCGGCGAAGAACUUGAUCAGAAGAUUGUUGAGUGCCAGCGCAUGAGCGAAGAUCUGAGAAACCAAGAUGAUAGUCUCAAGGUGCUGCAAGCGGAGAUGCGCUCAGCGAGUGAAGGUAUAAUUCGACUUGAGGAAGAUGCACAGAAUAACCUAGCGCGGUACAAGGCUGUCCAACACGAGCUCGAAGAGACUCAUGGGGAAAUGGAGUCAAUGGAGAAGAGUCUAUUUGAAUCCAACAACAAAGUGCAGAGACUCACAGUGCAAAUCGAGUCAAGCCAGAACGAGAUUGCAUUCUUACGAGAAGAGCAGGAUGGUGACAAGAUUCGCAUUGGUGAUUUAGAGUCUGAAUUGAAGACCUACGAGAUGAGCCUUAUCAGCGAGAAAGAAAAGACAAGAGAGCUUGAGCAACGGUUGGCGGACGAGCGCCACCAGCGUGAGGUCGUUGGAAGCAAGGAGAAACAAGAAGUGCAGAGAAUCAUGAACGAGUUGAACCGUGAAGCUUCCGGAGCUAAAGAAGAGGCUCGCCGACUUAAGAAGAGUCUGUCAGCUCAGGAGAUCGAAACAUCAACCUGGCGAGAGCGUCUUAUGGACCUUGAAAACAACCUUCGGGAGACCCUGGGAGAUCUCAGUGGCAGUCGCUCAAGUAUGAUAUCUAAUAUCAUGAAACUUCAGAAGGAGCUUGAGUCUACCGCUCUUGAACUUGAGAGUGUACGAUCACAGCUUGAUGAGAAGGAGUCUCUGCUGCGAAACCGUGAUGCGCUGCUCGAGAGCCAUGGUCUUGAGUCCCGGAAACUCUCUGAGCUACUGGAGCGUGAGCGUCAGGCCCGUCGAGCUGACAAGCAAUCCUUUGAACAGUCGCUCAAAUCGCAUCAACAUGCCUCUCGCUCCAUCACCCAAAGCAACUCCCGGAUUACAGAGCUUGAGAAUGCUCGUAACCAGGACCGCAAGCGAUUCACAUCUCUCGAGCAACAGUUCAAGGAUCAGCUCCAUGAACGCAACGCGAUGUUCUUGACUAUAUGGAAACGAGUCUCUUCACUCUGUGGACCUGACUGGGCCCAUUCAAACAGUCUGAUUAACGGCAACCUCCCAAGCCAGGAAGUCAUUGGUAAUAUUCUGUUCUGGCCAGGCUUCAGUCGGAAUCUGCUGCUUGCUAUCAAAACAGUCGAGGGCGUGGUAGCAAACUUCAAGAGCCGCAUUCGAAGCGUGGAGUUUGACCUGAACAAACAAUAUCAGAACCUUGAAAACUCCUUCGCUCAACGUGUCCGAAGACUGGAUCGCGUGGAAGAGGCUGUUAAGAAUAUGCGGGCUGGACGAAACCACUCCAGCUCAUCUUCCGAGCUAUCCAAGCUGCGCGGUGAGAACCGACUAUUGAAGGCUGAGAUCAAUUUACUCCAGUCUAACACUCGAGGCGGUGCGGCAGCCUCAUCGGCGGCAGCAGCAGUGAUGGCAUCAGGACCCAGGUCACCGUCACUUGCAUCUACCGCAGAUGCAGAUCGACAGUUGACGCGUCAAAACUCGGGCAGCAGUGACAAGCAACGCUCAGAGCGAGGUCUCAGCCGCAGUUCGUCUGGUCUACCCCAACCAUCAUACUCGUCAUCGAACAGCACACUAGCCAACACCAACACCUCUGGGUCAAUGUUAUACCGAACGCGGAGUAGCCAGCAGAGUAACUGGGAAGGAGGUGACGAGAAGUGGAUUCACCGAUUGCACGAGCUGGAGAAACGACUCAAAGCUGAGCGAGAGGGUCGUCUGCUUGAUCGUAGUGGUGCACGAAAGCGAUUAGAAGAGCGUGAUGCUGAGAACCAAAAACUUCGAGACCAGCUUCAUCGAGAGCGUGUUCGUCGUGGACCAUCGGGGAGUAUUGAUGAGCGCGGAGGCCAAACGUCUGAUGAGAAUCCCAGCUCGAGUGAAGGCGAGGGUUUAAUUGUGGAUAUCGAGGUUUAG